AAACACCUUAAUUAGCUAGCUAGCUAGAUCGGUCUACUUCUCUUCCUCCCAUGACAAAUAAGCCGUUGAUCUCUAUUAUUUAGCCAUGAAACGCAUCCUAAUUGUUAUAAUUCCCUAUUUGUUAGCCUCGCUUCUAUGCUUAUGCUUCCUCUUUGCCUUCUUCUCCCGUUCCCUAUUCAAUCCUUCCUUACUCUACGACGAACAACAACAACAUUACUACUACUACAGCGGCGACGGCAGCAGAAACUGGCCGGCGGUGUCGUUAUCGGCGAGCAGCAGCAGCAGCAGCAAGUUCGAUUUCACGCCAUUCCUCGAAAGGCACCGCUACUGGCAGCUCCACCGCAACCAUCAUAGUUAUCAUGAACGUCACAAACGGCCGGCAGCCGACGCCGGGAGUGGUGAUCAUCAUGACGGUGAGAUAUCAUCGGUUGACCCGCGCUACGGCGUUGACCUUCGCCUUGUUCCAACGGGUCCAAACCCUUUGCACCAUUGAUUCUUUCUGUACUUCUGGAUACAUAGUUAGAGAUAAUCGGCGUGAGUAAGAAUUUGUUCAUCAAAUUCUACGUCGAUGUAAGGAGGUUGUACAGUUGAUUAUCGAAUUCUUUAUUUUUGCCAGAUGGGUUUCGAAUUUCGCAAUAUAAAAAAAAUGCACAUUAAUUAAUUAAAUUAUCAAUUCUCAGGUUAGUACGUGCUAGAUCAUGCUUGCACUUUGCUCAAUAUUAUUAGAUACUUUAAUUUCUUUUUUUUUUCCGGUUAUAUAUAUAUAUACUAGCUUAUAACCCGGCCCGUUGGCCGGAAUAUUCAUAUUUGAUUAUUUAUAUUUUUAUGUUACGUGUAAAUCUAUCAACUCAUUUAAUUUUAUUGACAAUCCUUCGAUCGAGAUGAUACAUAUAUAAAGAAUAUAUCGAUCGAAAAUUUGAAGAAAUAUAGAAAUGUAUCAUUGAUCUCAUUUUAAUAAUGAUAAUUAAGUUCCCGAUAAAAUGCUAUUGGUUAGUUGAUUAUCAAGAAAUAUAGAGUAUAAAAGCUCACUGAAAUUCCCUCACGAACCAUAGAUAGUUUGAAACUAAAUUUUAAACCUCACAAUCCUACAUAAAGGUUCGAUGUUUUCAUUUUAAGAACAAUAUUCCACUCAUAAAAAAGAAAUAGAGAGUUGUUGAUUCAAGUCAACUAUAUGUUAACAACUCACCUAAGAGGGGACCAUCACAACUUGAGAGCAAACGUCAAAUUAGGGCUCUAUCAAAGUAAUAAGGAACAAAAUUAGACACUCCUUCUCUAUCAGUUCCAGUAGGUUGAAUAAAGAAUCGACCGACCUACUUCAGUAAAUAAAUCAAUGAUUCCUACUUUUAAGAUAUAAUUAGGUCACCAUAGCUUCAACAACCAUAAACCUAAAGAUCCAAUAGCCUCCACUCUCCGUUGUACAAUAAAUGUUUAUCCACUAUAUCUUCAAUCUCAAGGCGUAUAUUUCAACUAAAAAUUCAAUUUUUAAUCCUCCUUUGGCACCUCCAUUUAUUGAACUCCAUUCUAUUCGCCAUUGAUUGAUAUCGGAAUUUAAAUCUUUUACUUGCCCAGUUUAAAUCUCCAAGAAUAAAAUCGUAGUGCCAAGAGACUGGAAGAUUGAUUUUCAAAGGUGGCCUUGUACCAUGAAGUGAAGGGGAGCAAACUAUUGCACCGUGGACGGAAUUUCAGAGGUCGUUAGAAAGAGAUAAGAACAAAUAUAAAAAAGUACAAAUUGAAAAAUAAAUUGAAAAUGCAAAGGACACAACACGUAGUAAUAGAAUUUGUUUCUUCCAUGUUGGCCAAUUACCAAUUUACAUUUAGUGACAAUUAAGGAGAGAGCAGUAAUUAUAGAAUUGAGAAACUACAUAAAACUCUGCUAUGAAAAUUGAUGUAUCAAUCACCAUAAAAUACAUAUGGUAGACUUAGUGGGCUUGCUAAUCAUGAUGAAAAAGUCCUAUGAUUUUUAGAGUGUCACCUCGUGUAUGUUAUGUGUUAAAAAAGAUAUAACAAAUUUGUUUAGUCUAAUUGGUUGUGAUUGUUGUCUUUAUUUGUAGAGACCAGGGUUCAAACUUUUACUCUCGUUGCAGAAAAUUUGAAAUAGAGAAAAGUAGAUAAAACUCUACUAUAUAUUAUUGGAGGAUAUAUAUAUAUAUAUAUAUAUAUAUAUAUAUAUAUAUAUAUAUAUAUAUAUUCAUGAUUAUGCAUGCAUGACCGAAAUCUUAUGUCAUGUUCUUUUCCAUAAUAUAUGUGUAUUCUAAUUUCUAAUUAAACCUAUGGUAGCUGGUAUUAGUAAUUAUUACCAAAAAAAAUGGAGAAAGAAAAUAACAAGUAAUAAUUAAGUCAGUUUUCUCUUGGUAACAAUUUCAGGUUUUGUUGUACUUUCUCCUUUUAUUGCGCUUAAUCUCAAAGGCUGGCAUUUUAAUUUCAACGGAGUUGGUAUAUAUACAUUUGGAGUGUAGUAAAUUUGAAACGUAACA